AUGUCUAAGGCUGGAAAGCAGCGAACAGAAUCAAUAGAGACGUACAAGGAUGCCUUAGCUAGUGUAAUUUCGAAAGGAAAUAUUGAAGAUAACAUUUCUAAUUCAAUAACAUUGACGGAAGGAAAUUACAAGUAUACGAUUCGGUGUCCAGUAGCGCCAAAAUGCGAUGACUACUACGUCAUUCAACAUUAUAAAACUAGUGUUAUAAAGGACAUUCCGUCACUUGAAAGAUGGAAACAUUCUGAAGCUAGUGUGAAGUUGUAUACUAGCAAUAACUUUCCUGCUGAUAACGAAAUAUCGAUCAAAAUAAAUGAACUUAUUCGCACAAUUUUAAAUCGAUGUUCAUCGGAUCCAAAACGGAAGAUUGUGAAAAACAGUAAAAAAUAAAAAUGCAAAUAUAUUAUUAUGUAAAAAUUUUUUAUUGGUAGU